AUGUGGUGCAACAACUGCUUUUGCCUGUUUCCUUUGCGCUCGGGCUCGAUCUGCCUCGCCAUACUCAUCUUGAUUGAGGCGGUACUCGGCGCAAUCUUUCUGCUCAAGUAUGGCGACUUCUACUUUAGCCGAUAUCCAGAGCCGCUCGUGUUUGCGUGCACAUCGUUCGCCAGCGCAGCUAUGGCUUCACUAAUGACCCUUGGCUUCGCCCAGUCCUCUUGGAUGCUGACGCGAUUGGCAUUCUAUCUGUGGCCAGCGUCAAUUUUGCUAAGCGCGAUACGAGCCAUCUUGGUGAUCUUCCUGCUCAACAGCAACGUCGCUGUUAUCACCUGGGAAUGCGUUAACGACGGCGUCCUGUGGCCGAACGCGACAAUUUCGUCGAACAGCACCGCAACGAUCGCAGUACUCAAUAUGACAGCCGUCGCGCUUUUGCCGACGACAAAGCUGCCAAGUCAGCUAUGUGCAUCGCCGCACAAAGUGUACAUCGGCAUGUUCCUCGGGCUGCUCGCGGAUCUUGCGCUCCAAAUUUACGCAUACUUUUUGACCUGGCAAUUUUUGGGUGACAUCAAGCGCUACUUCGCAAUCGCUUCGGGCUUCCCAGGAGCUUUUCAGAGCUUCUGAUCGUUCGUUCAGCUGUAGAGCGUAUGGCAUUAUUCGGUCUCGCUGUCGAUGUCAUGAUACUUGUUGUCAUUGACUGAGGUCUCCUCGCGGUUGGUGUCCUGGCG